GCUCUUCACUGAAGUUUUGCUGGACUGCCAUGUGGGCGACCACAAGGCUCGUCACCAUUUUUUGAGAUCUGCCUCCGAGUACUACGAGCGCUUCGUAGGCCUUAUGGGCCGUGACGAAGGACUUCGAGACGCAGAUUUCUUCAUGUGCGGAGAACCGGUUCUUUUCUGCCGUCUCUUGAGUUACUUUGGGCAGCCAGUGAUUGGCUACAUCUCCACACCCAUUUCAGUGUAUGUUGGCAAAGAAGAUCGUGCUGAAUGGUACCAGCAGUUUUACGAGAUGGCGCUAGAUCCUCGACAUAUCUUCGCGACAACGACACCCAUUUUCAAUGAAUGGGUGGUGUAUGCUACAGGGAUCGACCUUCCGGUGGUACGACCCAUUUGUACUUACACCGAGGCA